AUGUUUGUUUUCGCUAGCUUUGGAGUGCAAAUCGUUGGAGGAAGCUUGGCAGCAUGUAAUGAUCCAACAAUCACAGCACGAGAAAACUGCACCGGGGUGUUCGAGCAAAAGAUUUUCGUUACUAGAAUGGAGGUGUACGGCAAAAACGAUGACAAGCUUCAUCCGAAAAUCCUCGUGCCAAGGGUUUGGACUAACCCCCGGAAUUUCAACUUUGAUCAUAUUGGAAAUGCGAUGCUAGCACUAUUCGAGACUUUGUCCUACAAAGGCUGGAAUGUGAUCCGGGACAUUCUUUAUCUUCGCCAAGGACCGUGGGCAGUGCUGUUCAUUCAUAUCUACGUGUUCAUCGGAUGUAUGAUCGGACUGACGCUGUUCGUGGGUGUCGUCGUCGCGAAUUACACUGAAAACAGAGGCACUGCCCUUCUUACUGUUGACCAGCGACGUUGGCACGAUCUGAAAGCGAGGUUGAAGAUGGCACAGCCUCUGCACGUACCACCCAAACCGCCUGAAAGUGCCAAGUUGCGCAGUUAUCUCUACGAUCUUACCCUCAGCAGAGCCUUCAAACAGUCGUUCGCCAUCCUCGUGGUGGUUAAUUCAUUCACGUUGGUCGUCCCAUGGAAUGUCGAAGAAGAAAAGCAGCGGCGGAAUGUUCUGUUCGGUCUCACGGUGCUGUCAGCGUUCUGCAACAUUCUCUUCACCAUCGAGAUUCUGCUAAAAGCUGUCGCUUUUACUGUACGGGGUUUCUGGCAGUCGAGGCGAAAUCGUGGCGAUUUCUUUAUCACCAUGCUCGGUCUCACCUGGAUCGUUUUUCACUUCCUUUUCCAGGUGCCCGCCUACAUUGCAGGUGGUAUCAAUGAGUGGAAGAGGCUCACAUAUACCUUCGGCUAUAUGGUGGUCAUCCUUCGCUUCUUCACCAUCGCGGGACGAAAAUCAACGUUGAAAAUGCUGAUGUUGACGGUGUUGAUGUCGAUGGUCCGGUCACUAUUCAUUAUAGCCGCCAUGUUCCUAUUAGUACUUUUCUACGCAUACACCGGUGUAAUUCUUUUCGGCAUGGUCAAAUACGGUCAGGCAGUCAGCAAACACGUCAACUUCCGCAAUGGCCGUGAGGCGCUGGUCGUUUUGUUCCGCUCCGUGACAGGAGAGGACUGGAAUGAUAUCAUGCACGAUUGUAUGCGCUCUCCGCCUUUCUGCUACUGGCCCGAAGGACUCAACUAUUGGGAGACGGACUGCGGCAACUAUUUCGGAGCAAUUCUUUACUUCUGCUCAUUCUAUUUGAUCAUUACAUACAUAGUCCUUAACGUGCUCGUCGGUAAGGAGUUUACCGCUGUUAAACAAACCGGAGAGUUUACGUUGUCAUUCAGCCAUCAUUAUGGAGAACUUCUCCCUGUUCUACUCGAAGUGAGGAAGACGCCCUGCUCUUCCUAUGCUGACAUUCGAAAUUUCCAGCAAGUUUGGAACUACGUCGAUGCUGACCAAAAGCGUUCAAUUCCCACCCGUCGAGUGAAAUUCCUCCUCCGCCUGCUCCGUGGGAGACUCGAGGUCGACCCGAACAAGGAUCGACUACUUUUCAAGCAUAUGUGUUACGAGAUGGAACGGUUGCACAAUGGCGAAGAUGUCUCAUUUCACGACGUGCUCAACAUGCUCUCCUAUCGAAGUGUAGACAUCAGGAAGAGUCUUCAGUUGGAAGAGUUGUUACAACGCGAAGAGUUGGAAUAUCUUAUUGAGGAAGAAGUCGCCAAGCAGACCAUUCGUGCCUGGCUUGAAAGUUGUUUACGACGUAUCAAGCAAAGGCAGCACGGGGUACCAUCUGAGAGUACAGUACCGACGUCACUACCUUUGCAUCGGCUUAGCUGCUUUUUGCCUCAUGUUCCCCAUGCGCCAUCUCAACACAAUCUGGUCACUACACAUUCAACUUCACCGCAGGCUACGCAAAACUUCGAAUCGUUCGAUUCUCGAGACAGCCUUGAAGAGGAAAGCGGAAGCAAAAAGAAAACGCGACGUAGGAAUUCAAUUCCGGAGCUGGUUGGCGAGGCGAGGAAAUUUAUGUUUGGCAGUCUGGCCAAACGGCUUGAGAAGGCCUCCGAAACGAAAACUGGUAAGGAUCGUCGAGGGACACUCAAGCAAAUCCAAAUGCCAACCUACGAGCUGCCCGACCUGGAGGAGAAUCUUGAUGAAGCCUGUGAUUCUCCACAGGAACGACGCCAUUCCGUCGACACUCCAUUGAGCAAUAAUCCUGGUAUGAGAAAUGAGAAUAAUAGGAAAACAUUUUGA